AAUGCGGCGCACAUUUCGAUUGAUUUUCUUGUGGCUCGUCAUUCUGCUGCCAACUUUGUGCCGCACACACCGCAGCUGCCAGACGCCCGACAAAAACGUUGGCCAAUGUGUGCACUUUAGCUCUUGCCGCUUCGUGCUGCACCAAUAUGCGAUGUACAAGGAACAUAUGCCGCCGCACAUAAUGCGUUUCCUGCAAAGAUCACGCUGCCGGCCCAAAGUUGAUGGCUAUCAUUUGUGCUGUGAACUGAAAGAUGUGAUUCCUGCGAAUGCCAACUCCAAGCUGAAAUGAACUUCAAAGCGCAACUGUAUAAACUAUAAACUAUAUGACACUACUGUCCCUCGCUCUCUUCCUCUCCCUCUCACUCUCCCUCUCUCUCUGUGUGCUUUGAUCUGGCCAAAAGUUUAUGUGGCUGCCUUAAUGUCUGUAAUUAUUUAGCUCUACUCAUAUU